AUGAAAGUUGUUUCAAACGGCAUUGCGAUUGUGUUUGCUUUCUGCAUUCUGCUUGCCACUAGUUCCUUGGUAGAGGGAGGUGUACCAAAGGAUGACCACUCUUUGAAUCAUCCACAACCGCAACAUUUGCAGGGGCCUGCCAAUACCAACAAAGGGAUUAAGGAUGGUGCGAUCUUUGGAGGUAAUUAUCCCGGCAGCGGCUUUCUCGGCGGCGGUGGUGGCGGUGGCGGUGGCGGUGGCGGUGGUGGAUUCGGCAGCGGAUUCGGCAACGGAUUCGGCAGCGGAUCCGGUGGCGGAUUCGGCAGCGGAUUCGGCGGCGGAUUCGGGGUCGACGCCAGUAGCGGUCCCGGAUAUGGCAGCAGUUCCAGAUUUGGCAGGGGUUUCGGAUUUGGCAAAGGUGAAGACCUUGGUAGUGGCUUUAAUGGGGAAAAAAAUUAA